AUGCCGGCUUUCGCGCAGGCCUCCGAUCUCAAGGCCUGGAAGGAGCUCCAGGAGCACCACACCACCCUUGGACGCAACAUUGUCCUGAAGGAGUACUUUCAGAAUGACCCCCAGCGCUUUGAGAAGUUCAGCCGGUCCUUCGCCAACACCGUGGACAACUCGGAGAUCCUCUUCGACUUCUCCAAGAACUUCAUCACCGAGGAGACCCUGUCUCUGUUGGUGAAGCUGGCCAAGGAGGCUGGCGUUGAGGAGCUGCGGGAUGCCAUGUUCCGCGGUGACCACAUCAACUUCACUGAGGACCGUGCCGUCUACCACGCCGCCCUGCGCAAUGUCUCCAACGAGCCCAUGCAGGUGGAUGGCAAGAGCGUUGUCGAGGAGGUCAACGCAGUCCUGGAGCACAUGAAGGAGUUCUCCGAGCAGGUCCGCAGCGGCGAGUGGAAGGGUUACACCGGCAAGAAGAUCAACACCAUCAUCAACAUUGGUAUUGGUGGCUCUGAUCUCGGCCCCGUCAUGGUCACCGAGGCCCUGAAGCCCUAUGGCCACCCUGACAUCAAGCUCCACUUCGUCUCCAACAUUGAUGGUACUCACGUCGCUGAGGCCCUCAAGGACUCCGACCCCGAGACUACUCUUUUCUUGAUUGCCUCCAAGACCUUCACGACCGCCGAGACUUGCACCAACGCCAACACCGCCAAGAGCUGGUUCCUGCAGUCGGCCAAGGAUGAGUCGCACAUCGCGAAGCACUUCGUGGCUCUGUCUACCAAUGAGGCCGAGGUCACCAAGUUCGGCAUUGACAAGAAGAACAUGUUUGGGUUCGAGUCUUGGGUCGGUGGUCGCUACUCCGUCUGGAGCGCCAUCGGCCUGUCUGUGGCCCUGUACAUUGGUUAUGACAACUUCCACCAGUUCCUGGCCGAACAGAACAUCCCCGCCAUUGGUGGUCUUCUGAGCGUCUGGUACAGCGAUUUCUUCGGCGCCCAGACCCACCUGGUCGCGCCGUUUGACCAGUACCUGCACCGUUUCCCCGCCUACCUGCAGCAGCUGUCCAUGGAGAGCAACGGUAAGGCAAUUACUCGUGCCGGCGAAUAUGUCAAGUAUACCACCGGCCCCAUCCUGUUCGGCGAGCCUGCCACCAAUGCCCAGCACAGUUUCUUCCAGCUGCUGCACCAGGGGACCAAACUCAUUCCGGCCGAUUUCCUCAUGGCUGCCGAGUCUCACAACCCCGUCGAGGGCGGCAAGCACCAGCGCAUGCUGGCUUCCAACUUCUUGGCUCAAUCUGAGGCCCUGAUGGUCGGCAAGACUCCCGACCAGGUCAAGGCUGAGGGUGCCCCGGACAAUCUCGUUUCGCACAAGACCUUCCUGGGUAACCGGCCUACCACCUCCAUUCUAGCCCAGAAGAUCACCCCAUCCACCCUGGGUGCUCUUAUCACCUACUACGAGCACGUCACCUUCACCGAGGGUGCUAUCUGGAACAUCAACUCCUUUGACCAGUGGGGUGUCGAGCUUGGCAAGGUCCUCGCCAAGAACAUCCAGAAGCAGCUGGAGACUCCCGGCGCUGGUGACGACCAUGACAGCUCAACCAGCGGUUUGCUGCUGGCCUUCAAGCAGAAGGCCAAGCUGGCGUAA